CAGAAAGGAAACUUGAAUAUGAAAAAAACAAUGGAGUGUUGAGGGAAUCCCCGAAAGUCAUCGUUAUUCUAAGAAGGAGUCUUCAUAAAUACGCUCAGACAUAAUUAAGUUAUAAACCACAACGGGUACGCCAAUGUUUACUGACGACGAUCAUCAAAACCAAACGAUGACUGAAGCAAAUGCAGCAGAUUAUCAACAACAUCAAGAAAGUACAUUUCGAAAAAGAACUUCAAGUCAUGGGCUUCGAUUAGACGUACAUUGCCGAUGUGAUGACGACGAAGUCACUGAAGAAGGCAGGGAAUUGUUUCAGAAUUUUUUAACGUCUGAGAUUCGCCGUGAAGGACUUCGAGAACCAGCGAGCCUCACUCCAUAUCCACUGACAUCACCAGGGACCGCAGAUGCAUUGUCACCGACGUCAGAGUAUUAUAAACACCCUCUAUGGGCACAGACUGGUAAAGAUCUCAGGAAGAUGGCCGAUGCAUUUGCCAAGACUAAAAAAAGGAAGCAAGUCAAAAACAAGGCUAAAAAUGUUUCUAGCACUUUCUCCAGUGAGUUCACCUACGAUCAGUUCCAAGAUUUGUUAUCCACGCUCUUCUGUGAUGGAAUCACUCGAGAGAGAAUCGUGGUGUUGUUUUUCUUCUGCAGUGAUCUCGCUAUUCUUACCCUUCGACAAAACAUGAUGGAUUAUUUUCACCGAGUACUGAUGUGGUCACUGCGAUAUAUCAGUGAUAGAGUCUGUCAGUGGGUGAGAGAUCAGGGUGGUUGGGAAAAAGUAAUAUACGGAUCUCUGCCAUAUGUCAAAAUUGGCCUUGGUGCCGCUGGGGUUGUGGUAAUGGUGUACUUCGGCUACAAGUGGCUGAAGGAGGGUUCAUCUAGGUCAAUAACAUAG